GGCAGGAGGAGUCUGAAAAAGUGUGGGCGGGUGGAUGCAGAUUUAGGACUCGAGCAGGGAGGUAGAGAGCAUCCUAUGUUGAGAGAGAGCGGGGGCGGAGCCUGAGGCACACGAUACGACGGCUGCUGAAUUUAACAUAAAACCGUGCUAGCCGCGGAGGGGAAGGUUGAGUGCCUUCUGCUGUGUAAACUGCAAAGACUCGAGGAGGGCUACGAAAAGAUCUCCCUGACUGAGUCUAUGUGCAUGAAAGCUGCCGGUGUUGGAUUUUCACGGGUAGGGAAAUUUGAGCGAACACUGGCCGCCCGCCCCCCCAACGGAAGCCCUGCUGCAGGCUGCUGGGCCGUGACAAUUGUCAAGCCUUGAUGGUGGCCAUGGUUGUACAUCUGUCAAAUAAGCAUAUUUGUUGGAUUUCUGGGUCAUCUCUUUAAAAUAAAAACGUUAUCGUGCGUAUUUAUGCGCAAAAACAAACUACAAUUCCCAGAAUGCGAGAGCUCCAACUCUGGUCAAAUGACACAAUCACACGAAUCACCAGUGCACACCCCCCACAAACGCGAGUCAUUUUCAACGUGCAUUCUAAAUAGAAUAAGCAAGUGCGGGUCUAAUGGAUAAUCUUGGCCUAGUGAAAAGAUACUGCUUUUGACUAAAUAUUGUUGACACAAAUUACGGCUCAACUCGCCAAUAACGUUUGGGCACCAGGUGAAGUUUCUGCGGGUUAAAUCCACCUUUGGCAAAGUUGUUACUUGUCGCCCGAGAGUUUGACAGAUAAGAUACACUCACGUUCAUCUUUUUUUGGCCAGGAUCGGUCUGCCCGCACUGAAGUGACGCACUCUCGUCUACUAGGUGAAAGACGAGGAUCCAACACUAUCCCCACCCCACGUAUCAGCGGACAAGCUCGCAGCUCUCUGGAACACGAAGCAGGCAGACAUCAUGGCUUGUGAAGGAGUUAGUCGUAGUGAGUGCGACCGGCAGUUUUGUGAACUGUGCGGGAAAAUGGAGAAUUUAUUGUUGUGCGGUCGUUGCCGGAACUCUUUCUACUGUAGCAAAGAACACCAGCGACAGGACUGGAAGAAUCACAAGGUAGUCUGCAAAGGAAAUAAGCCGCGCACGAUUAUUGACACUAACCCAUCGAAACCGCUCCAGACUUCUUCCUCUGCAGAGACUGUUUCCUCAGACGGUGGAUUAUCCGUGUCCUCGGGGGAAACUUCGGAGCCUAAAACUUUAGCAAGUGGCCCACCCGAAGAGAGCUCUGCUAAUACCCUGGGUUCCGGGGAAUCGAAACAGAGGGAGCUUGUGGUCGGAGGAGCCACACUUAGGGCCAUCAAUGAGGAGGAUUACACCCAGACAUCUGGGGAGGCUGGUGGGAGUAGCACAGCGAGGAGAGCGGACUGCAAGGGGAAAGUAAAUGGCCAGAUUAAGCCCCUGUUGCAGAAACUAGCCCAGGAAUACAUAAUUCCCUGCAUGAACAAGCAUGGAAUCUGCGUGCUGGAUGAUUUUCUGGGCCAGGAUUUAGGGGAGAGGAUUGUCAAUGAAGUCAAAGCGUUGCACAAAACUGGACGGUUUACAGAUGGCCAGCUUGUCAAUCAGAAGAGCGACUCGACCCGUGAUAUCCGGGGUGACCAAAUCACUUGGGUGGAGGGAAAAGAGGCAGGCUGCAAAGCUAUCAGGGAUUUGAUGAACAGCAUGGAUGAUUUGAUAAGGCAUUGCAAUGGCAAACUAGGGAACUUCAAGAUUAAUGGCAGGACAAAGGUGAGAUUUCUGAAUUAACGUAGCUUUGCCGUUACUAUUAUUGGUUUGGUUUGUCAUUGCUCUUUCCAGUUAUUGCCAAUGCAAAUCUAAGUCGUUUCUUCUUUUAGCAUAUUAUAUUACCUGUAUUAAUACAGUGGUAGUUUGUAGCGUAUUUUAGUCUGAAUGCAGCCUCUCACUUUUUACAAACACCAUAUUACUGUUCGUAAUGCCUUGGGAUAGUUUAACUAGAAAGUACAUUUAAUUAUACUUAGGAGUAACUUGAAGCAAGUGGGGAAAAAAAAAAAAAAAAACUUGCUGGGAACCUACUAAAAGGAAUGAUGCACACGAAUAAUCGAUUGUUAUGCUCUUGCAGCGUCAUUUAUUAAGAAUUUAAAGUGAAUCUCAAAUCUAACUCCAAAGUAGCUGACUGUUUCCAUUUCUGCUAGUUUUGCUUUAUAUUUCAAAUUGUCUUUAAUUUCUAAUUUUAGAUCAUAACCCUGCGUGUCAUAGAGACAACACCAUUAGGCAAAUCACAAAUAAAUAUUUGGGUAUUUUGCAAUUGCAGAUUUCAAAAGUUAGGUGUUGCUGUGUAAUGGAUUGGAGGAUAAAUGAUUUGCAGACAAAAGUAUAAGAACAUAUUUCAUUCAAUUUUAGUGCAGAUGCUCCCCAAGAACAGUGGAAGGUUCUAAGAGUGAAAUUAAGUGGGAGUAUAGCAGGUUUGUGUGCAGUUAAUCUAGGGAACAUUGCAUGUGGGGUGGAAUACAAAACACUAGAAAGAUUGCAUUGUUUAUCCCUCAAAUACAGUGGCAGGCUACACUCCACACACACACACACAAUAGCACUUCAGAAAUACUUUGUUUCAAUAUGUUUCAAUAUCCCAGGCCCGUUAAAGGACCACUAUAGUGCUCUGAGGGUUCCCCCACCCUCAGGGUCCCCCUCCCGCCGGGCUGGAUGGAGAGGAAGGGGUUAAACUUACCUCUUUCUUCAGCGCCGGGCGGGGAGCUCAACUCCUCCUCGGCUGAAUGCGCAUGCGCGGCAAGACCUGCGCGCACAUUCAGCCAAUCUCAUAGGGAAGCAUUUACAAUGUUUUCCUAUGGACGCUGGCGUCUUCUCACUGUGUGAAAAUCACAGUGAGAAGCACGCAAGCGCCUCUAGCGGCUGUCAAGAGACCGCAACUAGAGGCUGGAUUAACCUUAACAUAAACAUAGCAGUUUCUCUGAAACUGCUAUGUUUAAAGAAAAAAGGGUUAACCCUAGCUGGACUAAGCUGACGUGGUCUGGGUGCCUAUUGUGGUCCUUUAACCCUGAUAUGGUAAUUAUUGCAGUGUCUGAAAAACUGCAAUAAUUGCAUUGGAGGGUUAAAGGACCAUUAUAGUGCCAGCAAAACAUACUCGUUUUCCUGGCACUAUAGUGCCCUGAGGGUGCCCCCACCCUCAGAGACCCCCUCCCGCCGGGCUCUGGGGAAAGAAAGGGGUUAAAAUCUCCAGCGCCGGGCGGGGAGCUCUCCUCCUCUUCUCCCCAUCUUCGGCUGAAUGCGCAUGCGCGGCAGGAGCUGCGCACGCAUUCAGCCAGUCUCAUAGGAAAGCAUUCAUAAUGAUUUGCUAUGGACGCUUGCGUCUUUGAGAAGCACGCAAACGCCUCUAGCGGCUCUCAGUGACCAGUAAAGGCUUUAGAGUCUGGAUUAACCUAUUUAUAAACAUAGCAGUUUCUCUGAAACUGCUAUGUUUAUAAAAAAAAAAAAAUGGGUUAACCCUAGCUGGACCAGGCACUCAGACCACUUCAUUAAGCUGAAGUGGUCUGGGUGCCUAGAGUAGUCCUUUAACUCUCCAUCACAGUGUCUCUGUGUAUGUUCUCCGCCUGACUUUCUUAGACUCUGGGCGGAUCUACAGAGACAAUCCUGACAGGUCUCACCUUUACCUGCCCCCCCCAGCCAUCGGAUCCCCAGCGGAAAUGUUACAGUUGAUGGUCUUUGCGAAUUUUCCAAAGUCCCCAGACAGUGACAGUGCCGCUUUAGGUGAACAUCAUGUGAGCUAAAAGGUUAACAGAAGUAAUAGGUGAUUUUCAGUGCUUUCCAGAGAAAUGAUAUUUACCUUUAAAGGACCACUCUAGGCACCCAGACCACUUCAGCUUAAUGAAGUGGUCUGGGUGCCAGGUCCAGCUAGGCUUAACUCAUUCUUUUAUAAACAUUGAAACUGCUAUGUUUAUGAAUGGGUUAAUCAUUCCUCUAGCGGCUGUCUCAUUGACAGCCGCUAGAGGCGCUUGCGUGCUUCUCACUGUGGGUUAAUCAUUCCUCCCGCGCGUGUGCAUUCAGCCGCAUGGGAGGAGAAGAGGAGGAUCGGAGGAAGAGAGCUCCCCGCCCAGCGUUGCAAAAAGUAAGUUUUUACCCCUUUCCCCCUUCCAGAGCCGGGUGGGGGCACCCUCAGGGCACUAUAGGGGUCCUUUAAAAACAGCUGUGUCACUUUUCAGCUUUCCAUGAAAAUAGACUCUGUGAAAGGCUCUAGUUGGUUGUGUUGGAACUUCUUUGAAAUUAAUUGAAGACAGCCAUUAGAGGAGGACUUAACUCAGCAAGGUAAUUUAUUGCAAUAAAAACUGCAAUAAAAACACUUGCAUUGUUAAGGGUGAUGGGAGUUGGCACCCAGAUCACUUCAAUUGGCUGAAGUGGUCUGGGUGCCAACAGUGUCCCUUUAAUGCUUCCCUAUGGGAUGGAUUUGCCGUCCCUAUGGGGAAGCAUUGGAUUGGCUGAGAUCAUCAAGAUUGAGGUUUUCCGCCAAAGAGAAGGGGCAGGUAGUGCAAAGAUCAUUUUAGGGUAGUGUUUUAUGUAUUGGGGCUGCAGACCCCAGAAUAGUUUAACACUAUAGUGGUAUGAAUACCUUUACAUUCUUAAAGGGACACUAUAGGCACCCAGACCACUUUAGCUCAUUGAAGUGGUCUUUGUGCAGUGUUCCAGGUCACUUAACCCUGCAAAGGUAAUUAUUGCAGUUUUUAUUAUUGUGUAUUAUUGCAGAUUACCAGACCACCACAAGAGGAAAUUACAGAUUUUUAGGCGACUUAACUGAUGCCUAACACGCUGGGCAUCCUCAAGCUAUGCAUGAGGACAUCCAGCAUCACCCAAAACCCAAUUUUACAAUGCUUUCCUAUAGGUGAAGCCCUAAUGCGAGCGUGACCAUCACUGCACAUGCACAGUAGGUCUCCCCUGCUGUCUCUUGGCGGCCUGGGAGGCGCAGAGGCAUGUCCCGGUGGCACUAUAGGGAGCUAUAGUGCCAUGUAAACAACUUUGUAUUCCUGACACUACAGUUUUUUUUUUUUUUUUUAAUUUUUUUUUUUUUAACGCUACAGUGUUUCUUUAAGUUAGAUUAUCAUUGUGUCCUGUGACAAAAGUGAAAGUAAAGAGGUGAUAAAAUCUAGAGACCUACUACAUACAUCUUUUUGAAUAGGUUCUCCCUUGUGCUAUGCUCGAAUGCAAAAAUGCGAUUUAGUAGGCCAGUAGUUACAGGAACACUAUAAUCACCAAAAUAACUUUAGCUGAAUGAAGCAGUUUUGCUGUAUAGAUCAUGCCUCUGCAGAGUCUCACUGCUCAAUUCGCUGCCAUUUAGGAUAUACACCAGUUUGUUUAUGCAGCCAUAGUCACACCUCCUUGCAUGUGACUUACACAGCCUUCCUAAAUCCUUCCUAAAAACGAUCAUGUAAUGUUUACGUUUCCUUUAUUGCAAAUUCUGUUCAUUUAUACUUUAUCUCCUGUAUUGCUAAUAGCUUUCUAGACCAUGCAGGAGCCUCCUGUAUGUAUUUAAAGUUAAAAGAAGACUAUAGGGUUAGGAACACAAACCUGUAUCCCAGACCCUAUACUGUGGAAAAACACCAUCUAGCCCCCAGACCCACAUGACCUCUUAAAUAUAGUAAAAUCUUACUUUAAUUCCAGUCUACUUCUGCUGACAUUGCCCCUGAUCUGCCUCCUUGGUUGACAUCAGAAGUUGUGAUCUCAGCCAAUCACACUGCUUUCCCAUAGAAAAGCAUUGGCUUGGUUAAGCUUGUCAAGGAGGCAGAUCAGAGGCAGAGCCAGCACAAGCCAAAUAUUGCCCUGGCCAAUCUGCAUCUACUCAUAGAGGUGCAUUGAAUCAAUGCAUCUCUGAGGAUAGUUCAGUGUCUCCUGCCCCAGGAAUCACCUCUAGUAGCCAUCUGAGGAAUGGCCAGUGGAGGUAUCCCUAGUCUGUAAUGUAAACAGUUUUUUUUUUUCUCUGAAAAUACAGUGUUUACUGCAAAAAGCCUAAAGGGACUGAUUAUGCUCACCAGAACAAUAAGCUGUAGUUGUUAUGGUGACUGUAGUGUCCCUUUAAGUUUAAUAAGUUACAACUGACUAAAAAAUGAAAUUUUUAAUGUUAACUUUGUCAGUCACCAUCAAGGGAGGUGUGAUUAGGGCUGUAACGGAUCGCCUGGCACCCCGACUGGGUACCUCCGUUAAAGGAUGAUCCUAGCGCUUCUUGAGGACUCCAAGCACUCUGGCAGACACCACAAUCACCGAACCGGAGAAACAAAUAAAUUCUCCCAAGCAUAUGAAUGCUGUAGACAGUUGAAUAGGAACCAUACAAAUAGGUUUACUCUUCUAGCAGUCAAACUGGAACAGCAUACAAUAAAUCCUUCCCCCAAUAAUGAGACGACACUUCACUUUGAGGGUUAAAACAGGAACUCCCUGUACUGUCACAUACAGUGUCUUUUAUUCCCAAUCCACAAACAUAGUACAGCCCACAGGGCGUUACAAAACAAUCAAUCAAUCUGUACAAUACACCCAGACACUCCCACACAAAAUCCUCCCCUCUGCAUGUGAUAUGAUUACUGAACACAAUGGGUAAUCUCAUUAUCACCGGCAGAGGAAUACAGUUUUUACACAAUAUUUAUAACUUCUAAAAUAUACAUGUCACAAACAUAAAACAUACAUUUUCAUAAUCAAUCCAUUCAGGGGAACAACAUAUUAAAAAAUGGCACGAAUCAGACCAGAGGUUCAAAAGUUAAGGGAAAGUCCUUUGUGACUAAAUGAAGCAUGGCUUUCCAGCCCAAACCAGUUUCAGAGUCUUCUAUCCUGGAGAUUGAAUUGAGAAGUAAUUCAAUUAUCUCCCAGGACAGAAACAAGACUCCAUUAUGCACAUGGUGAGCACAAAGCAUUAAAAUAUUAUAAAAUACAGUCACAUUUUAUACAUAAAACACACACGUCACAUAUCCCCAGAUAGCUGGGAUCUGAGCGCACAAAACUACCGAAUAGCGCUUAGAUCCUAUUCACACAGUUCGAUUGCCAUGGAGCCGAAGUCUUUAACUACACUAAUGGGCUCCAUGGCAUAGCUAUCUGGGUUAACACAUUUACAUAAAGUCUGGUCCAUAGUCCAAAGGCAAGAGGCGGGCAAGCAGCCCCCUCCAAGGACACGUGGCGAGGUCGGUUUCGCCACAAGGGCUGUAUAAACAGAAAUAAGGGAUUUAACUCUUAAAUGGCAGUGAAUUGAGUUGAUCUAAUAAAAUUUUCAACAAAAAAUUUGGAAGAAGAGUCAUGCUCUCAUGAAAAGAUUAUUAAUGCCAGGGUUAAUUAAAACCAAUAAAGACGUAAGAAUAAAACGUUUAAUGAAAAACGGUUUUCCCCUGGUCCAAAUGAAAGUUUUACUGCAGGAAUUGAGAAAUUAUUUUAAAGAGAAUAUGAAAUUGGAAAUGGCCUCAGUUAAAAAGCAAAUAACGGAAUUAGUGGCUCAUACAGACCAUUCGGAUUACAAACUACUAAAAUCUACGAACGCUCAAAAUU